CUACCAGAGCAGUGCGUGUGUGCGCGCGUGUGUGUGUGUGUGUGCGCGCGCGAGUGUGUGCGCGAGAGAGCAAGCAGCAGAGCGAGCGCGGGGCGGCGGGCAACCAACUGCUUCACACUUUAAACACUGCACCCCAGAGAGAGCGAGAGAGACUGGAGACGCACACAGCCCCCCCCAGAUCUCCCCAGACGGGCGUCCCGCAGAUUACAGGACAGAACUCCCCAAAUCGAAACGGACAGCGGUUGAACAUGGACGAAGGAAUUCCUCAUUUGCAAGAGAGACAGUUGCUGGAACAUAGGGAUUUUAUAGGACUGGACUAUUCUUCUUUGUAUAUGUGUAAACCCAAAAGGACCAUGAAGAGAGACGACAGCAAGGAUACCUACAAAUUGCCGCACAGAUUAAUAGAAAAGAAGAGAAGGGACCGAAUUAAUGAAUGUAUCGCUCAGCUGAAAGAUUUACUGCCUGAACAUCUGAAAUUGACGACAUUGGGGCACCUGGAGAAAGCCGUAGUCCUGGAAUUAACUUUGAAACACUUAAAAGCUUUAACAGCCUUAACCGAGCAGCAGCAUCAGAGGAUAAUUGCUUUACAGAAUGGGGAGCGAUCUCUGAAGUCGCCCAUUCAGGCCGACUUGGAUGCGUUCCACUCGGGAUUUCAAACCUGCGCCAAAGAAGUCUUGCAAUACCUCUCCCGCUUCGAGAGCUGGACACCCAGGGAGCCGCGCUGCGCCCAGCUUAUUAACCACUUGCACACCGUGGCCACCCAGUUCCUGCCCACCCCGCAGCCGCUGCUCGCGCCACAGGUCCCCGCGCCCAAAGCCCCGGGCGCAUCCUCCUCCUCCUCCGCCGCCGCCGCGGGCUCGGCCGCCACCACCCACCCGGGUCCCGAGCGCGCGGCGCAUAAGCUGGAGCCCGCGGCGCACUGCGUGCCGGUCAUCCAGCGGACUCAGCCCAGCACCGAGCUCGCGGAGCACGACACGGACACCGACAGCGGCUACGGCGGCGAGGCCGAGCGCGAGCAGGUCGCAGGCAGCCGCGUCGCCAUCAAGCAGGAGCCGCCGGGGGACGACCCGCCGGCGCCCAAGAGGAUGAAGCUGGAGGCGCGCGGCGCGCUCCUGCCCGAGCCCGCGCUGCUCGGCUCGCUCGUGGCGCUGGGCGGCGGCGCGCCCUUCGCGCAGCCCUCCGCGCCUUUCUGCCUGCCCUUCUACUUCCUCUCGCCGUCCUACGUGCAGCCGUUCCUGGACAAGAGCGGCCUGGACAAGUACCUGUACCCUGCGGCCGCCCCGUUCCCGCUGCUCUACCCGGGCAUGGCAGCCGCGGCCGCCGCCGCAGCCGCCGCCUUCCCCUGCCUGUCGUCCGUGCUGUCGCCCCCUCCGGAGAAGCCGGGCGCCGCGGCCCACGCCCCCGUCUUGCAGCGCGAGCCGGCGACGCCCGGGGCGUUGCACCCCCAGCACCCCCAGCAUCCUCAGCAUCCUCAGCAUCCCCAGCACCCGCACGGCCGCGCCCACCUGCCCUUCCCCGGGAGCCCCGAGAGCGCGCAGGAAGCGUCCUCGCCGCCCGCCAAGGAUGCCCCCUGAGUCCCCAGCAAGCCUUGGAAGAGACGGAGGCUCCGGAGGAAGGACCGUAUUCAGUUCACACGCCCCAAACGUUUGCAAGGGAGGAAGCCUAAGAGACGCCCAGGCUUAGGAGAAAAGCAGGUGUUUGUGUACAUUUGGGAGUUCCGGUUUAGCUUACUUCCCAUCCUCUCUCCACCCUCUGCCCACUACCCCCUCCCCGCGCGCUAUCAAAGAUCUUCUGCUAUAAACGUUGGUUAUUUUUACUUUACCCCCCCCCCAAGUUCUUAGAAGCCCAUGUUCCAUCCUCUUAAAAUGUAGAGCCUGAUUCUAGGAGGAGGAAGGUGUGCUCAGUGGGAGAGCAUGUGGAACCAGGGUGGGGUGCCCAGGCGUGAGGGCCUUUGACCCUGGGGACCAGAACAGCAGAGCCCUGUCUCCGAGCUGUUUUUGAACUGCAGAUAGCUUGAGAACGAAAUUGACUUGUCAGUAUUUUAUAAUGUUGAGCGUUUCAAAGAAGUGAGGCUGUUGGUGCCCACAUUGCUGUACUCUGGAGAGGUUGACAUAGUAUCUUUCUAAGUUGCACUUGUUGAGGUAGACUGGGAGUUGCGCCUCUCUUCAGGCACUGAAUCAGCAGGGUGGGAGAUGGGAAUGGAAGGCUAGAGCCCUUGGCGCCUUUGCCGCACUUUAUUGGCAAAUUGACCGUAAACCCAUUGGCCUAACUUUAAUUCGUCAGUUUACGUGUAUAUGUCCCAUGAGCCCCUAAGGCCCACUUCAAUUCCCCGAUUCGCUUGCCUAUGUCAUAGGUUAUAGAUUUGUGUCCCAAAUACAUAUGUUAUUUUAGCAAUCGUGUUCCCAAAUUUAACAAAGAAAAGUAAAGAAAGCCAAACGGAUUUACCCCUUCCAUUCCUAGAUGGCAGAAGUGGAGGAAAGGUUAGGCUGGUGAGCCGAGGUUGGGAUUGCUAUGACGAUGUAGAGCCCAGGCCUGCCAUCUCCAAGUCUAUGUGUUUUUCUGGAGACCAAACUAGAUACCAGAUAAUCACAAAGAAAGCUUUUAAAAAUAAGGCUUAAACCAAGACCUUGUCUAGAUAUUUUUAGUUUGUUGCCAAGGUAGCACUUAGAAAUCUCACUUGAAUGUUAUGUAAGGGGUGAGACACAACAGUCUGAAGUGCAAAAAAUAUCUGGGUCUUUGAGUCUGGUUCCUUUGCUGCUACUGUUGCUACUGUUUGUUUAAACAACAUUAAACUCUUAGCCUACCAAGGUAACUGAAUGUACGUAGUUGUUAAUACAUCCAGUUAAUGAUGUCUGACAUGCUAUUUUUGUAGGGAGAAAAUACAUGCUAAUGAUAUUUUGAGCUAAAAUAUCUUUGGGGGAAGAUUUGCUGAAAUGUUUGCACUUUGGUUACAAUGCUUAUGCUUCUUUCAAGCUUAUGCAGUCUUAAAUUAUUAAACAAAUAAAUACUGUCUGCAAGAAACCAGCCAGUUUAGAGAAGUUUAGUAUGUAAAAGAUAAGCUAGAAAUUGUCUUUAUAUUCAAGUUAUUUGCAGCACUCCAUAAAUUCUAUUACCUAAAUAUUGCCACACUAUUUUGUGAUUUAAAAGUUCUUACUAAGGAAUAAAGACUUUAUAUAUGAUAUGAGAUUGUCUAAUAAUUAAAACCAUACUGGAUGCUCCAUUCAUGUUGAGGUCUCUGACUGUAAGGAUGAAAUACAUUAGGGUUUUCAGAUUAGUUUUUCAUUGGAUUGGUUGGUUGGUUGGUUUUGGUUUUUGUCAUUGGCCUGGUUUCUCUGUAGAGACUCCUGGUUCUGGCUGUGUCCCUGCUCGUCCCCAGGAUAUUUUAGUGGAAGAGCAAAGGCAGUCUAGUCGAAAACUUGUGGUUUGUUUACCUUAACCCCACUUUGCUAAUGUUUCUAUGAUUGGGAGCUUUUUGUCUUUGGUCAGAUAGCCCGUUCCCUGUGGUCUGGCGUAUCUGUGCACUUGGAUCCUGUUUAAACACACUAUCACUCGGGAAGGAGUGCUCAUGCGUGCAUGCAUGCAUUUUAUAACUGCUGUAGGACUCUGUCAUGGAGUUCAGGAAACAACUUCUUGACUUGUUCUCAAGUUUAUGAUCAAACCGUGAUGUACAUGACUGAAGGGCUUGGCUGUUCAUUUAGUUUCCAGUAGUGUUCUUGAACCCUUUGAAUUUGGGGGGAGUGUUUAAAUGAUAGUCAACUUGUAAGAUGUAGAAAAAGUGCUCCCUCUGCUGACUGGAUCAGGAGUGAACAGCACAUGGAUGAUUGAGACCUCAGAUUUGCCAUGGUAGUCCCCUGGAUUUUAUAAAAGAAGGAAAAUCUGGCCCAGAGAUGCUAAGUGUCUCCCUAGGUCACACGGGUGCUGAGAGCCAGCCCCCCAACCAGGCCUGGUGUCUCCCUCAGGUCCUGAACUACUCCGCCUGCAGCAUCUUGGGCCACUACUCUCAUUUUGACUGCACAGAGCUCAUGAAACCUGAAACGCCAGUCACAGGGACAAAGGAAACAAAAGUCAACUCUAGAAAAGAGAUCUGUGCGUCUCGCUAAUGUGUCAGUCUUCAGAAAGAUGGUCUCCUCUAAAACAGAGUAACAGAAAGCUACAUUUUAAACAUUUUUAGCUGCAUUGUAUUGAUAUCUUAGAACUAUUAGUUUCAUAACCAAAAAACAAGACUCAGUGAAUCAUUUUGUAAUAUGUAAUGAAAACCUUUUUUUUAACUUUGGCCCAAUUUGUAGGUCAGUUAUUUAGUCUGAAUUCCUAAAUAGUAACACGAUAUUAAUAUAAAUUUGGACAGAGAAAAAAAUAGUAUUGACCAUAUUACAUGUAAAAAUGUUAUUUUUUAUGUUAUUAGAGAUGAAAUACAGGGCUGGGCAAGUGUUCUACCACUGACCUGCACUCUCAGCCUUUGAAAAAUGUUAUUUGAGUCAUUGAUUGGUUUUAAUGUAUUAAGAUUGAGUCAUUAGGAUUCACUAAGGAGGAAUCUAUGUUGCCAGCAUUGAAAUGUCAGCUUAAGCCACAACUUUGGAGAUGAUGUGAUUUUCUAAUUUAAGGCAAAUCUGAAUCUUCAGUCAACAGUGCUUUUAUUACUGUUAUUCCAAUUAAUUUUGCAUACAUAUAUUUCUUGCCAAACUUCAUAUUGAAUUUAUAAAUGCCCCUCAUUAAACAGCUAAACGUCACAUUUUCACGGUAUUAGAAACUGUGGCUUUGUAAAUAUGACUGGCAUUGUAGUUCUAUCAUUGUGACACUACUUUUCACUGAGUUCUGUUAGUGACUGCACAGGCCACAGCUGUGGUGAUUGCCCACCACAGGCAUGCCUGUUGACUAGGACCUUACUCUGGUCCUGUCUGUGUCACGGGUUAAUGUUUGUCUCUCCACAGGAGGAGGUGAUUGCCUCAUGGGAGAGACCCUGGGAAGACAGGGCUGGGCAGACAGACCAAGAAGCCUUUUGAUUUCAGAGAGAUGAACAGACCUCUUAGGAGUAAAUUCAGACUGUCUGCCCUGUUGUGAUAGAAGUAUUUUUAUUCCAGAUGGCAACAUGAUAGCUUUUAUUAAAUUCCUUUCUUAGUCUACUGAACCUUCGGAUCAAUAUAUGAGGACCCCAACAACUGUGUUAUUUUAAGCAAGUUCAAGGUGGAUUUGCAGUGUGUGCUGACAUCAAGUGGGUUUUCACAGAAUUUGAAGAGGGGAUUGGCAGGAGAUUAGUACAAUUUCUGUGGUAAAGAUGGGAUUUACACUAAAAAUGUUCAGCGUGUGUGCACCGUGUUAGGAGUUGUAUGUCCUAAAAAUGCAUUUCUCGUGCUUCAGUGCAAACUCUGAACAAAUAUAAAACCAAGCUUUUAAAAAAAAUUCCAAAUUUAGUGAUAGCCCCGUAAACGGUAGUUCAGUGAAUGGAAGCUUCUAGAUUAAUACUAUUUUUUUUCUCUUUUUAAAAUGUGCAUACUAAAAUGUAUUAUGCACAUUCUCUGGAAUGGUUUACAUGUCUUACAAAAAAAAAAUAACAUCGUGUAUGUUAAAUGUUUCCUAAUAAUCCAGGGAUUCUACGCAUUAUUUUUGCACUCUGUGUUUCAUAUGGAAAUGUUUGCACUUGGGCAAAUUUGCAUAGAGCCCUUUAAUCUGUUUGUUUACUCUGAGACAGGGUCUCCUUAUAUAGCCCUUGCUGGCCUAGAACUCACUAUGGAGACCAGACUAGGGUCAAACACAGGGAUCCAUCUGCCUCUGCUUCCAGAGUGUUGGGAUUAAAGUCGUUCUCCACACACCUGGCCACACCUGCUUUUUACAGGGGCUCCAGCCUCCUCUCAGCCAGUCUGUCAACUGUCACUUCUCAGUGGUCAGACAGUCUCCUCCAAAAUAUACCUGACUUGCUACCUCUGCUUUAUUGUGGGCUGAGAAAAAACCACAGUCAUCUGAGCUGUGUCUAAGAGGAGAGUAAAUAGGUUCAAACAGAGGCCUUGAGGGGCUUUGCUGUAAGUAAAUCCUGUGAGCCUACUUCUGUGAUGGUUUCCUCCACAAGCUAGUCUCUUUAUUUCCUAAAACUUCCAGGUUCUCAGCAGUGUUGUAUACCAUAUCAUUCAAAAAUGCUUUUUGUGUUUCUCCAUCAUUUCAUUAUGUAAAAUAAAAGCUACUUGCUAAUGGUUUCAGUCCAAGCAAACCGUAAGUAAACAAA